GUCUGGACGCACAAAGUGCAAUAUGUGGUGUGGCGGGUUGGUAGGGGUGCUGGUGGUGUUACUACAUGUGUCAAACGUCUCGGAUGGAUUCAUCACCUACACUGUGCAGCUUCGGAGUCGCAAGCACCAACGGGCAGAUCCCGAUCGUAUCACGACCAGGAUGCUAGCACAGCGAGACUCCUCUGUGGCUGCGGCAGUAACAAGGUCAACCGCAAUAAAACAAGUCUUGGGUGGGCUUGGCAUCGGGAUUGUGUCAACCUUGCUGGAGCCUGACGCGUCCCGAGCACUGGAAAGCGACGAGUUCGAAGAGGUUUUCGACGACGAUGCGAUUGGCAUCGAGCUGGAAGAUGUAAAGUACAAGGGGUCCUCGCGGGUGCUAGUGAAGAGGGUAGUGCCCGGAAGCGCCGCUGCGAGACAUCCCAGGAUCAAGGCCGAUCUCGUGUUGGUCUCCGCGAAUGGGGUCGACCUGGAACGGCAAAGCGCCACCGCCGCUAAGAAGAUCAUAAAGACCAGCUCGCGGCCGCUCACCUUGGUGUUGAGAGAUAACAGUCUUUUCCAACAGCUGCUCAAACCUGCACCACCAACAUCCCCCGACAACGAGGCGACUGGCGUUGCUGUGACGAACGGGGGCUUUGAGCCUAUCAGCACCAAGGUUUCACCUGAAGGGAAUGGGCGUGAAGAGCAGGUCGUGAAGUUGCUCAACAGUGACAAGAGCGCGGAGUGCAACUCCUGUGGGCAAGGAGCAAGAAGAGGGGAUCUGCUUGAGAUUGAGUACACUGCUAAGCUUGAGGAUGGCAAGGUUUUCGAUGGGUCGAGCAUCAAGGUGAAUGGGCGAGAGGUCGUUGGGAGAGCGGGGGAUACGACCCUGUUCUUCGUGCUCGGGAAGCAGCCCAAGGGGCAAUUCCCCCCAGGUUGGGAUCUUCUGCUCAUCGGCAUGUGUGUAGGAGAGACAAGACUUAUCAGCGUACCCCCCCUGCUCGGCUACGGCGCGCAAGGCAUGCCCAAAAGGGGGGUUCCGGCGAAUGCGACUUUGUUGUACGACGUAAAGCUCAUCGGGGUAAAUGGCGUCAACAUGUGCGUGGCAUGA